CGCGAUGACGAGCUGAUGGUGGGGGUCUUGGCGCGCUCCUUCACCAAAAAUUGCUGCCACCACGCGCACCGACUUAUAGCCGUUGCGACAACAGGUGCAUAGCCUGAUCCCGCUCUUGCACGCACACCGUAGACGCUUGCUUGGCACCCAGCCGGUAGCCGCCAUGGACGACAAGGACAACGCCAACCCGACCAUUCUGAACCCCUCUGACCUGCCCUCUCGCCGCCGUGACUCGACUGCAGGCAGGCGCGACCAUGGCCGCUCCGCCCUGUUCGACGACCUGGUCCCGCGAUACAACUACCUGAGCGACCCGUUCGACGACCCGCUGUCGGCCAGUGACUCUGACGAUGACGUGGUCGAGGCCAUCGACGAGCAGGAGAUCUAUGACCUCAUCUCCACCAUUUCCGACCCCGAGCACCCGCUGUCGCUAGGCUCGCUAGCCGUCGUCAACCUGCCCGACAUCCACAUCCAACCCCCGGUCUCGCCACGCUCCUCCAUCAGCACCGUGCUCGUCGAGAUCACGCCCACCAUCACCCACUGCUCGCUCGCUACCGUCAUCGGCCUAGGUGUGCGCGUCCGCCUCGAGCAGGCCCUGCCCCCGCGCUUCCGCAUUGACGUGCGCAUCAAGAAGGGCACCCACAGCACCGACGAGGCCGUGAACAAGCAGCUGGGGGACAAGGAGAGGGUGGCUGCCGCGCUGGAGAACGGGACCCUGAUGGGCGUGCUGCGCAAGAUGCUCUCGACCUGCGAGUGAGCGGCGAUAAGACACGAUUGACGAAUGAACGACCAAAUGAUAUCAAUGAGUGACGUAAGGGACCGGUGCCAGUAGCAGCUGCACACAACGCGUGCUGGAGUCACCUUGCUGCCGCGCCGACUUGACGACAGUCCAGCAACCCAUCCCCAGCAGUGCAUACAAACGCAACCGCCGUACCUCGCAGCCGAACCGUUCGCAUCGCCAUGCGGCCGCGUACGUUAGCCCGUAUACCUCGGGGAUAUUACCCUGGAUAGUAUAAUAUUACGCGUCCUAGAGCAGAACCUUAAAUAAGCUUCCAAUUACGGUAGAAAUAGAGACCGCACACAGCCUCUCAAUACAGAUUCCACUACCUGUGGCCCCC